AUUGGGCGGUUAGAAUGUGGCAAAAGUGACAGUUCGUGAAAAAAUUCUAAAUAAAAGAUCUUGACUUUUGUAUAUUUGAAAUUUUAUUAAACAAUGGAUCCAGCGUUGCUCAGGGAGCGAGAGCUCUUUAAAAAAAGAGCUCUCAGCACACCAACGGUAGAGAAAAAGAAAAGGGAACAAGAAAGGGACUCUUCGCGAGAUGAGCCACUUAAAAAAAAACCAAAACCAUCCACUGUUUCUACCGGUCCAAAAUUGGACAUGGUUAACUACAAAACCAUGUCUGGUAGUACGCAAUACAAAUUUGGUGUUUUAGCCAAAAUAGUAAAGCAUAUGAAAGCUAGGCAUCAAGAAGGGGAUGAUCACCCUUUGACAUUAGAAGAAAUACUAGAUGAAACAAACCAACUAGAUGUUGGAUCUAAGGUAAAGCAGUGGCUUCAAACAGAAGCUCUUGUCAAAAAUCCAAAGAUAGAAGCGACUUCAGAUGGUAGAUUUGUAUUCAAAGCUAUGUAUAAAAUUAAGGAUAAGAAAUCUCUAUUGAGACUAUUAAAGCAACAAGACUUGAAAGGUCUUGGUGGAAUACUCUUAGAGGAUAUACAAGAAAGCUUGCCUCACUGUGAUAAACAUUUAAAGAGUCUACAAAAUGAGAUAUUAUUUAUAACAAGACCCUUGGACAAGAAAAAGAUUGUGUUUUAUAACGAUAAAACAGCACAAUUCCCAAUAGAUGAUGAAUUUCAAAAGUUGUGGAGGGCUGUUGCAGUUGAUGCAAUGGAUGAUCAAAAGAUUGACGAGUAUCUAGAGAAACAGGGAAUACGAUCUAUGCAAGAUCAUGGUCCUAAAAAACCAGCACCGAUCAAAAGAAAGAAACCUAUUAAUAAGAGGAAACAAUUUAAAAAGCCAAGAGAUAAUGAACAUUUGGCGGAUGUUUUAGAAACGUACGACGAUGGAAAGUAAAUAUUCCUUGAAUUGUGUAAAUAAAGCAAAUCUAUGGCAUAAGUGUUA